UGAUUGGCAGGAAGCAAAGCAGAUGAAGGUCGUAAGCAAAGAUCCUAGAGGAGCAUGUGAUAUAAUCUUUGGUCGUAAGCGCGACCAUGUUUCUAUUUUUGCAUGCAAAUGAAAUAUGACGAAAAGGGGCCCCUGCGAAGGCACUAGGUUUAGCCGCCAAGGCCCCCGGGAUGCGUUGCUGGGAGCGACGGCGGAAGCGACGGUUGAGGCGCCACUGGUCGUCAUCCCGCUGUCCCAAAUACUGCUCCUUAUCUUGGAUUCAAAUGGGGUUGGACAUGGACCCCAUGUUCUUAGCCUGGAGCUAUUUCAGGAGACGCAAGUUCCAGUUUUGUGCCGACAUCUGCACGCAGCUGCUGGACGAAAAUGCGUAUGACCAGGCCGCAUGGAGCUUGAAAACUCGAGCCUUGACCGAGAUGGUAUAUGUGGAUGAAGUAGAUGUAGAACAAGAAGGAAUAGCAGAAGUAAUGCUGGAUGACAGUUCUAUUGCACAGAUUGCUCGACCAGGAACUUCUUUAAAACUUCCAGGAGUCAAUCAAGGAGGUGGUCCAAGCCUGGCAGUCAGACCCAUGUCUCAGUCUGGAAGACCCAUUACUGGGUUUGUGAGACCAGGCACCCAAUCUGGCAGACCUGGCACCAUGGAGCAAGCUAUCAAGACUCCAAGAACUGCUUAUACAGCCCAACCAGUGACAAGUGCUUCUGGUAGAUUUGUUAGGCUGGGAACGGCAUCCAUGCUUACGAACCCUGAUGGACCCUUUAUUAACAUAUCCAGAUUAAAUCUAGCCAAAUAUGCUGGGAAGGCAAAUUUAGCUAAGACAUUAUUUGAAUAUAUAUUUCACCAUGAAAAUGAUGUCAAAACUGCGUUAGAUUUAGCAGCACUUGCUACUGAGCAGUCUCAAUUUAAGGACUGGUGGUGGAAGGUACAAAUUGGAAAAUGUUAUUACAGAUUAGGUUUAUAUCGUGAAGCAGAGAAACAAUUUAAAUCUGCAAUAAAACAACAGGAAAUGGUUGAUACAAUACUUUAUCUGGCAAAGGUCUACAUUCGUUUAGACCAGCCAUUGACAGCUUUAAGCCUUUUCAAGCAAGGGCUGGACCGUUUCCCAGGGGAGGUCACACUGCUUACAGGAAUAGCUCGUAUAUAUGAUGAAAUGAACAACAUCGUAUCAGCGACUGAAUAUUAUAAGGAAGUUUUAAAACAAGAUAAUACUAAUGUAGAAUCCAUUGCCUGCAUUGGGAGUAACCAUUUUUAUUCCGACCAACCAGAGAUUGCACUACGAUUCUAUAGGCGACUUCUCCAAAUGGGUGUUUAUAAUUGUCAGCUCUUCAACAACCUGGGGCUCUGCUGUUUUUAUGCACAACAGUAUGACAUGACUCUGAGUUCAUUUGAAAGAGCACUCUCCCUAGCUGUGAAUGACGAGGAAGUUGCAGAUGUAUGGUAUAACCUUGGCCAUGUUGCAGUGGGAACCGGGGAUAUAAAUUUGGCCCAUCAAUGUUUUAAGCUGGCACUGGCCAACAACAACAAUCAUGCUGAAGCUUAUAACAAUUUAGCAGUCCUGGAGAUGCGCAAAGGGCAUCAUGAACAGGCCCGGGGACUUCUGCAGACAGCUGCUGCUCUGGCUCUUCACAUGUACGAACCACAUUAUAAUUUUGCUGCACUUUCAGAUAAGGUCGGAGAUCUUCAGAGCAGUUAUGUAGCUGCACAGAAAUCAGCAACUGCAUUUCCAGAACAUGUUGACACUCAACAAUUAAUCAAACAACUGCAGCAACACUUUGCCAUGCUUUAAGUAACCAAUGAUUGUGUAAUAUUGUUGAGAGGAAAACUGCAUAAUUCAGUUUUUGAAUUUUAUUGCAGUUAACAAUGGUUUAGUAAACACUAACACCAAUAUCAUCCUGUAAUGACAAAUCUGAGAGUCGUUUAAUGGAGAAUAAGUUCGUUCUUUGUGCAUGCGAAUCAAUGUCAGAUUGGAGUCAACCUCCUAUUCUGUACAAACAUUGGUAAUUUCAUUCAGUUUCUCUGUAUAAAAUGUUUUUUUUAAAUGUUGAUUUAAAAAAAAGUUCAAUUAAUAUAAAGAAGCUGCUUGGAAAAAAACAAUUUUGCAUUUUAAAAAUUGUAUUUCUAUUGCACCAUUGUUUCUUAAGAACACACUCGGUUUCCCUGUGGACGGUCAUUAGAGUUGAUAAGCAAUUGCUUUUAUUGACACCCGUGCAACUAUACUCUAUUAAAUAAUGUAGCACGCAGUCUUCAGCAUUUUUAGCUUGCAGUGACAAAAAUAGACUUGCAGCUAUUAAAUAGACCUCUAUUUUCGAAAAUCCUGCAGGAAAAAUAACAUUGUGAGUCUGCAACACUCUAGCUCUUAACCAUUUUUUCCUCAUUGAUGCACUUAUUUUUAUAACAGGUAUUUCUAUAACAUAAAGUUUCUUAAAAGCCCUACUAUAUGUAUCUUGAAAAAUGGCUUGCAGGCACUGAUAAUAUGACCAGCAGGUGUGGGAGUUAACUGAAUGUAGAUCUAAAAAUUGAGAGUCUUGCAAAGGUGAAAACUCGUGAAACAUUGAAAAUUAACAAGUCUAAAAUUAGAUGCAAUGCUAUGUAAUUUUAGAACCGUGUAGCUUUAAUAUUCAAAUUGCAUUUCAUUAUUUAUUUAUUUAAAAGGUAAAAGUUUAGUAUUUCUGCAAUAUUUCAACUGUAUUAUAGAAUCUCCACUACAAAUUGUCACUAAAUUUAACAGUUGCUGCUUUAUCCAUUGCUUUCCUAAUAUUUAAGUAUGUUUACUUUGUUUGAUGUUGUGUCAGUGCUUUCUUUUGUAUAUCUAAAAAAUUGCAUUUGCAAAUGUUAUAUUUUAUUGCCUAAUGCAACUUAUGUCUGCAUUAAUAAUCCUCAUGCCAAAUUUUAAAAUUGAUUUGAAUUCAUCACUACCAUUGUUAUUUUACAUUGUUAUCUGUAUUGCCCCUCUUAAUAUUUGUAACUGUGCUGUAUUACAUAAUUUAAAUAAACAUGAGAGUUAAUUUAUGCAAAGCAAAAUCCACUAGCUGUUGGUUGAGUGAUGAUGUUGACACGAAGUUACCUGCAUCUAUCAAAUAUUACCACAGAAUUAUUUUAUUCACUGGUAAAGGAUUAACGCAAAUGCAUUAACAGAAAUUAUUUUUGAUAGUGCAGUCAUAUAAUAUGGCAUUCCUCUAUUUUAAAUAAGGCGCCACCCGUGUUAAAAUGACAAAGUAUUUCUAACUUUUUCCUUUUUUUGGCGAUUUUAUGCUGCUCUCUUGUUUCGAUAACAUAAGUGCCCAGUCAUCUCUUGCCCUGCGUUUCAGUAGCUGAACCCAAAUUUAGAAAACAAUAUUGUGCGGCAAGCUCAAGCUGAAGCUAAUCUGCACUACUAAAGCAGGCUGCAUAGCCUUGAAUGGAACGCUCUUCCAAGCAGUGAAUCUGAAACUGAAGGAUGGGAAUGAGCAACUCUUAUUUUUCUUGGUAGCAUUGGUGAUGAAGUGAUGUAUUUGCGGGUGAGUAAACCAUAAAUCUAGUUAUCCAGAGGACUAGACACAAUAGAUUUGCUUAAACAGUUAAGAUCUCUGAUUAUAAUCUACAAUAAUAUGCAGACGACACAACAAUAAUUGGCCUUAUCUCAGACAACAAAGAAUCACAGUACCAUCUAACAGUCGAUAGCGCAGUCAAAUGGUGCGCAGACAAAAACCUCCAGCUUAAUACUUCAAAAACCUUAGAAAUCAUCAUAGAUUUCAGACGCAAUCAAAGCCACAAACCCCCGGUCCAUGUCAACUCUCACCCCAUAACCUCCACGAACUCAUUUAAGUUUCUAGGCACCUAUAUCUCCAAUAACCUAAAAUGGCACAUAAAUGCAGACCACGUCAUCAAGAAAGGUCAACAACGCCUAUAUUUCCUCAGACAGCUCAAAAAGUUCAGAGUCCAUAAACACCUCCUGGUCCGUUUCUAUCAAUCAAUCAUUGAAAGCAUCAUCACCUCCUCAAUCACAGUCUGGUACGGUAACACCGAUAGUCACUCACUACAUAGAAUACAGCGCAUUGUUUCCAAGGCCUCCAGGAUCAUCAACUCCCCCCUCCCCUCAAUCCAUUCCAUUUAUCUUAAACGUACCUCAAAACGGGCAAAAAAGAUCAUCUCGGACCACUCCCAUCCAGCAAAUCACCUUUUUCAGUCUCUCCCUUCAGGGAGGCGCCUCAGGUCACUUGCUACUAAAACCACCCGCUUUAAAAACAGUUUCUUCCCCUCAGCAAUAAGAACUCUUAAUUCCGUCCAAUAAUCAGACAAUAAUAUGAUUUCUGAUGUAUACAGUGUCUUGUCUAUGGUCUUUGUUUGUUCUUUUGCAUUAUGUAAUGUUGGUGAGAUGUGUGAUUUGUGAUGUGGUAUGGAUGCACUUUAUUACGGUGAUCUGUGUUAUUAGUGGUAUGUAACUAAAGCAGUGUACCAUCAUGUACCGAACCCAAAUACCACCAACCCUGGUUGCGUGGCAAAUAAAGAUUCUAUUCUAUUCUAUUCUAAAAAUGUUAUGUUCUGCACAAGGUUAAAGUCGGUACUCAAUUCAGUCAUCAAUUGCCCUGUUUUUUUGUUUUCACCACUCCAACUAGUCCAUCACGUGAGUAGAUUGCACUAACAUACUUAGUUUGUUUUCCAGACCCAACUGGUAAAAGCCAGCACUACCAGGCACAUAUUGAAUACUGAUGGCUGAACCGGCACAAUCUAAUCUAAAGUGAAGGCACCAGGCAUGUUGAAGAAUUUAAUGUUAAUACAUAUUGUUCAGAAUAUUAAAGCAGAAAUGAGAAUGCUGUGAAUUUUUGGGGAUGCAAUCAUUGAGAUUUGAAAUGUAUUAAAUAUAAGAUACAAAGUAUUAAUCCUGUGUU